GGGGCCUCACCAGGAAGCGUCCGAAUCGCAACACCCGCGGAGCUCCCCGCGCCGCCUCCCGCCGGCCCUCGGCCCGGAGGCACGCCCAGCCCCAGCCCCAGCCUGGGUCCCCGGCGAUGGCUGGCCGCUGAACAUGGCACAGUACGGCGCCCCCGGCCCGCUCGGAAUGGCCGCGCGGGAGGAGCUGUACAGCAAAGUCACCCCGCGGAGGGCCCGCCAGCAGCGCCCCGGCACCGUCAAGCAUGGAUCUGCGCUGGACGUGCUCCUGUCCAUGGGCUUCCCCAGAGCCCGCGCACAAAAAGCCUUGGCAUCCACAGGAGGAAGAAGUGUUCAGGCAGCAUGUGACUGGCUGUUCUCCCAUGUGGGUGACCCCUUCCUGGAUGACCCCCUGCCCCGGGAGUACGUGCUCUACCUCCGUCCCACAGGCCCCUUGGCACAGAAGCUCUCUGACUUCUGGCAGCAGUCAAAGCAGAUCUGCGGGAAGAACAAAGCACACAACAUCUUCCCCCACAUCACCCUCUGCCAGUUCUUUAUGUGCGAGGACAGCAAGGUGGACGCACUGGUGGAGGCACUGCAAACCACGGUGGGUCGCUGGAGGUGCAAGUUCUCCUCCCCGCUGCCCCUGGAGCUUUACACCUCGUCUAACUUCAUUGGCCUCUUCGUGAAGGAGGAGAGCGCCGAGGGCCUCAAGAAGUUUGCCGCAGACUUUGCCGCGGAGGCUGCGUCCAAAACCGAAGUCCAUGUGGAGCCUCAUAAGAAGCAGCUGCAUGUGACCCUGGCUUACCACUUCCAAGCCAGCCACCUACCCACCCUAGAGAAACUAGCCCAGAACAUUGAUGUCAAACUAGGGUGUGACUGGGUGGCAACCAUAUUCUCUCGGGACAUCCGAUUUGCAAACCAUGAGACAUUGCAGGUGAACUACCCCUACACCCCACAGAAUGACGAUGAGCUGGAGCUGGUCCCUGGGGACUUCAUCUUCAUGUCCCCCAUGGAGCAGACCAGCACCAGUGAGGGCUGGGUCUAUGGCACAUCCUUAACCACUGGCUGCUCUGGACUCCUGCCUGAAAAUUACAUCACCAAGGCUGAUGAAUGUAGCACCUGGGUGUUUCACAGUUCUUACUCGAUCUUAAGUACAGCACCUUCCCCUGCUCUCUCAUUCGGUGAUGGCAUAUUGGAGCGGCGGUCUUAUGAGGACCAGGGGUCGGGGGAGAUGGCACCCCUGACUGUUAUCUGCCAGCCUGCACAGCCUCUGAGGGUCAGCAGUCAGCCUGGCCCCCAAAAGAGAUGCCUGUUUGUGUGUCGGCACGGGGAGAGGAUGGAUGUAGUGUUUGGGAAGUACUGGCUAUCCCAGUGCUUUGAUGCCAAAGGCCGCUACAUACGCACCAACCUGAACAUGCCUCAUAGCUUACCUCAGCGGAGUGGUGGUUUCCGGGAUUAUGAGAAAGAUGCUCCGAUCACUGUGUUUGGAUGCAUGCAAGCAAGACUAGUGGGUGAAGCUUUAUUAGAAAGUAACACCAUUAUUGACCACAUCUAUUGUUCCCCAUCCCUGCGCUGUGUUCAGACUGCAUACAACAUCUUGAAAGGUUUACAACAAGAAAAUCACUUGAAGAUCCGUGUAGAGCCUGGCUUGUUUGAGUGGACAAAGUGGGUUGCUGGGAACACAUUACCUGCAUGGAUACCUCCAUCAGAGUUAGCUGCAGCCAACCUGAGUGUUGAUACAACCUACAGACCUCAUAUUCCAGUCAGCAAAUUAGUCGCUUCAGAGUCCUAUGACACUUAUAUCAAUAGAAGUUUUCAAGUAACAAAAGAAAUAAUAAGUGAAUGCAAAAGUAAAGGAAAUAACAUCUUGAUUGUGGCCCAUGCAUCUUCCCUCGAAGCGUGUACCUGCCAGCUUCAGGGCCUGUCCCCUCAGAACUCCAAGGACUUUGUACAAAUGGUCCGAAAGAUUCCAUACUUGGGCUUUUGUUCCUGUGAAGAAUUGGGAGAAACUGGAAUAUGGCAGCUGACAGACCCACCCAUCCUUCCUCUUACCCAUGGGCCAACUGGAGGCUUCAACUGGAGAGAGACCUUGCUACAAGACUGAACCACACCAAUGGAGAAGGAAAAGGGCUUGCAAACGUCUUUGGAGAAGUGUCUUUUUGUGUGUUUAAAACGGUGAAAAAGUCUGCACCCCAUUAUAAGCAGACAGCUCAGAAUAAUUUGCAUACUUCCUUUAAUGCUUUAAAAUUCUUGCGAUGAGACUGUGCGUAAGGAAAAAAAAAAACCGAUUCAGGGAUAAAAUUCAUUCUGUCUCUGGACUCUUACCUAGCUAACAAGGAUUUCGAGGAUGGUCGCUCUAAUUUGAGGCACCUGCUAAGGCAGAGGAUGUAUCCUUCCUUCCCCCAGCGCACCACCAAGGCCCCUGAGCCCUCACGUAGGGGCGCCAACCCAGCCUGAGGAAGGAUACAGGAGGAAGGAGGGUGUCCAGACUCCAGCUGGAGCAACAGUGAGCUGCCAGUUUAGGGAUGGGACUUUCUCUUUAACUCCGUGUUCUGGUCAGACAAAACCACGCUGAAGGAUUCUUAUCAGGCUCUCAGAAAACGUGCCCUACAGAGCAUCUUUCUAUUACACACCAAAAUAUUCUGUCAGUGUGACCCCCAGCGCUGCUGGGUCUGGACGCGUGCCCUGAGGACUUGGACGUUCCUUUGGUGCUGCCAGGUUUCUCCAGAGCAGCUGCCUGUAUCUGUGAAAUGGGGGACAAGGCACACUUGCUCUCCGAAGCACUUUUGGCUACUCAGGAGGAAAAUAAAAUAACUGUGUGAAGUACUCAACUGUAGGAGCAAAGAACUUGCAAAAUAUAAAGUGACUCUGAAUUAACCAUGUUGCGACCAAAAGAGCCACCGACUUCUGAAUCACCGUGGUUGCUUGUCCUUGGCCCUGGAGUCUGGACUAUGGUCACUGGGUUAAGGCAGUUGAUGUUUUGAAAGGAUGUGUGUGACAUACAUUUUUUAGUCAACAAAAAGCUCAUUCUUGUGCAAUACGGACAUCUAGAAACCAUACCAAGGAUCAGGUUGUUGUUCAUUCACAUACAGCACAUGUCCAUCAUAACAGGACAUCCACAAAUGCACCAGUUGUAGCAGGGAUGCAUAACGAAGUCAGGGAGCUAACGGAAAUGACAGUCUCGACAGCACGGCUAUGCAGGCUGUCCUGUGUUUGUUUUUCUAAAAUAAUUUUAAAUAUAUAGGUAGGGCAACUUAAGGAAAGUUGGGAGAAGCACAUCCUGUGGUUUCCCUUCACACCUGCUUCCUGAAUCAAGAAGGAGUUUAGCUAAAGAAAAUAAAUGACAAUCAAGCCAAAA